UGCCAUCAAACCUGAUGGGGGUCCAGGGGGGCCUUGUAGGGGAAAUCAUUAAGCAUUUUGAGCAGAAGGGAUUCCGCCUUGUUGCAAUGAAAUUCAUACAGGCUUCUGCAGACCUUCUCAAAGAGCACUACAUUGACCUGCAGGACUGUCAGUUCUUUGCUGGCCUGGUGAAAUACAUGCACUCAGGGGCAGUGGUUGCCAUGGUCUGGGAGGGCCUGAAUGUUGUGAGGACAGGCCAAGUGAUGCUUGGGGAGACCAACCCGGCAGACUCCAAGCCUGGGACCAUUCAUGGGGACUUUUGCAUCCAAGUUGGCAGGAACAUCGUUCAUGGUAGCGAUUCCGUGGAGAGUGCCGAGAAGGAGACUGACUGGCUUGUGGUUUCACCCUGAAGAACUGGUAGAUUACAAGAGCUGAG